AUGUCUGGAGAACUUAUGGAUGCCUCCGAUCAGAUUUACGAGUUUUUCAAACCGCUUAAAGAAUCAGAUGUCGCGUUGCGAAAAUCGUUUCACAAACGGUUGUUGACUGCGGCGGUUUGCUUCGGCAUUGUAUCAGUCGUGUUUCUCAUCCUGGGAGUCUCUCUGAUGGGUGUCUAUGGGUCCAAACGAUACUCCGAUGUAACUUCGACCGGUUUGUUCGCUUUCGGUUGUACGGCCUUCGUUUUCUGCCUCCCCACAUUUGCUGUUGCUGGUCUACUAAUCAAGGCACUUGUGGUCACAAAAUCUGCAAAUGAUGAGGCGCGCCGUCGAAGACAAUUCAGAGUGGACGAACUACUUACUGUUGAUUACCCGAAAAUGCCUAGUCGGGUUUUGACUCCUCCACCGGAAUACGAGCCUACCGGAGCAGCGAACGAACGAACAGUCAGAGUGGUUAUAUCACGCAGUGAUGCAGAGAGCGAUGGAGAAAGGGAAUGUGUUAUGUGGAUCUGCGAACGGUGUGCUCGCCACAUGUUGAACUGUAAUGUGUACAGCACACUCAUGCUUCCACUUAUAACCGUGAGUCAUGGGACUAAUAUGGUCUUACCGCGUGACCUUGCAUGCUAUAAACCGUGUACCAUGAGCACAUUAGUUCUAGCUGUUACGGUUUCAGUCACCGGAAGAUGGGAAUGUGGGACGUACAACCGAGCCCUAGGGGUGAAGGCAUAUUCAGUUUGUUCGGGAAUCGGGUUUCUACCCAUUGAAGGUGAUAGCUUUGAUGCACGAGCGCCACUGACUGUGCGACUGGGCGAUUUCCGCCAAUGUCUUUAA